CCGAAGCCACCACAAUCCCCCAAACCCCAACCCAAGGAACGACUUUAUACAGCUACGUACUCCACCUCCGUUCUACGACGCGCGGCGCCGCUCUAUAAUACCAGUACACCGUUCCUAUAGCCAAACUAACCAAGACUACGUAGUAUUACAGGCAAGCACCACCAGCAAACCAAACACCACGCCUCGCCGCCUGCUAGCCGAUGGAUCCGGCGCUGCGGGAAACGGCAAGCCUCGGCGGCGGCGGAGGAGCCGCGGGAGGAGGAAGCGAGGCGCACUACCGCGGCGUCAGGAAGCGGCCGUGGGGCCGGUACGCGGCGGAGAUCCGCGACCCGUGGAAGAAGACGCGGGUGUGGCUCGGCACCUUCGACACCCCCGUCGAGGCCGCGCUCGCCUACGACCGCGCCGCACGCACGCUCCGCGGCGCCAAGGCCAAGACCAACUUCCCCGACCAUUACCAGCAGCUGCACCACCGCCCACCUCUGCAGCAGCAGCAGCGGCCUGCUCCCUUCGGCGGCGUCGACCUCAACGUCCCUUCGCCCUGGCAGUUCGUCUACUUCGCGCAGCCGGCCGCCGCGCCGGUGCCCUGCUCUCUUCCCCGACCAGCAGCGUCUCCGCCCACGCCCUCGACGGCGCUCCAGCUCGGCGCAGGCGCCAGGCCAGGUCCAGGCGGCCUCCCGUUCGACCUCAACGAGCCGCCGCCGUCGCUGCUCUUCGGCUCCUGAUCGAUCGUUGCGAUCCACGGUAGUCGGUAGAACCUAGUUCUGUGACGGUGAGAAUCUCGCGAUGACGGCGCUGGUCCGUCCGCCCAUCUGUACAUACCUGUUUAUGGAAACUUUGGCAUUACUUC